GAGUGUUGUACCCACUUCCCUGUCCCACUGUGUGGCAGUGAUACUCCUAUUAAACAGGAAAAGUUCAUUAUGUCUACUGCUGCACACAGUACCCAAGACCAGGUGAAGUGUGUGGUGACUGUGACAGGGGACACAAUCAGCCAGGCAGAUAUCAACAUGAAGGCAGCAAAGCAUCAAAACCAGGUUCAUCGUACCAGUGUGACUCCUGAUGCACCUUGGCGUAUACAACAAAUACAGGAUGCUGGAAACUUCCUCCAGCUAGCAAUCAAGUUCUUGCAGGGCAAUGGGGCAAGUAACUCUUUUCGAACUAGCAGUGAAGUUCUGAAUGUAUUGGGACAACUGAUCAAAUUACUUCAGAAGGGUCGCAGCAGCCUCCUUAUUCCUCGCAAAAAGACCAUUGAUGAGCUUAUGUCUAGUAGGAAUAUGAAAUCUUUAACGCCACCUCUUCCAGGAGAUAUAGCAGUCAGUUUUUAUCUUCAAGCUCACAAACUAGUCUUAGCUGUGUACCAUUUAUCCAACUCUGCUGGGACAAUGAAAUUUGAGAGUGUUCAAGCAGAAUGUGCUGUUCCAUGGUUGAGUCCAGUACUUGUGUGUUUCACUACUGCUCUUCAUCUUGCUCACCAGCUUAGAGACAAGAUAUCUGUGUUCUCACAGUUUAAAGACUUCACCCCCGAUUCAUGCAGUGUAUCUACAAUAUCUUGUUAAGACCACCAAACUUAUAUCAUUAGACUCUACUACAUGGUGUAAAUGUAGGUUUUUAUUUAUUAUGUGUAUAAAGUGCAAUAUAUUAUCCUUAUCAUUUGUUUUGGGUUUAAUAGUAGCUUGUGAAUAAUAUUGUAAAGUUUGUAGAAAUGUUUAGUAAAGCAGGUAUGUUUAGUGUAUAGUUGUUGUAUAUAUGUACAGUAGUCAUUCAGUUUCAGGUUGACAACCCUUUAUCCGAAAUUCCGAAAACCGAAAAGCUCUGAAAACCGAAAGUUUUUUGU